AUGCAACCAAUGGCAUUGCUGCACGCCUGGAGCAGCUUCUUCCAUCCCAAUCCACUUGAGUCAAAUGGCACCUUCCCAUUGGUCCAUUCCCCAAGCUGCUGGGUAGCUGAACGUGAUUGGUUCGUUGAGGAUGAGCAUCUCCUCCUUGAUCCUAUCUUCCUGGAUCAAGUGGCUCCUUCCCAUUGGCUCAUUGUUGAUCAGAUCAACAAGCUGCUGACUGGUGUCGCCAUUCCAUUGGCCUUGUGCUUCCUUCUACGUUUCCUCUUGCAGAAGGUUUCGUACGUUUCCCUGUACGGAGGGUUUCCUGCUUGGAAAUGUGCGGGAAACCUCUAUCCCGGGACAUUUGCGUUUCUCGCGCUUGUCAUGGGAUGGAUCCUCCGUGUAGUGGAAUGGUCGUUUCUGGCCGUCCGUCCCGUCUAUGUCUUAACCGUGCUUAGCUAG